AUGAUCAUUUACAAGGAUAUCCUUACCGGCGAUGAGAUUAUCUCCGACGCCUUCAACCUCAAGGAGGUCGACAACAUCCUCUGGGAGGUCGACUGCCGGAAUAUCACGAUAGGGGACGAAAAUAUCCAGCUUGAGGGUGCCAACCCCUCCGCUGAGGGUGAAGACGACGACGCUGGUGGUGCCGGCAACGCGGAGCAGGUCCUCGACAUUAAGCACAAUUUCCGUCUCAAUGAUUACCCGAAGCUCGAGAAGGACGAAUAUAAGAAGGCCAUUAAGGGCUACAUGAAGAAGGUCCUCGCCAAGCUCGAGGAGAAGAAGGCCCCCGAGGAGACUAUCAAGGAGUUCAAGGAGAAUGCCCAAACCGCCCUCAAGAGGAUCCUUGCCAACUACAAAGACUACGAUGUUUUGGUUGGUGAAAGCUUUGGAGCCGAUGCUAUGCACAUCCUCAUUAACUACCGCGAGGACGGUGUCACUCCUUAUGCCACUUUCUGGAAGCACGGUCUUGAGGAGUACAAGGUCUAG